GUGGUGCAUUCAUCACUUUCUCACUAAUCUCCAUAAAUUCGACAACGUGGCAUUCUCAUUCUCGUUCGAUUUUGCUUUUUUAUUGACAAAAUUUAUAUAUUCUCCGCACCCAUUAAUCUUUUAAUUUAUGCGUGUAGUAACCAACUUCGCCAUUUUCUUUUCCUUUCUAAUCUAAGUUUCCCUGAAUUUCUUUUUUAUUUUUAAUUUAAUUUUCCUAUUUCUAGGGUUUAUAUAGCAUUCAAUUCUAUCUCUCUUUUCCUUUCUUCAGUUGAUUGAUUGAUUUUUUUAAAUAUCAUUUUCUGGUUCUUAAUGUAAAGUUAAAGAAAACGCGUGUCAAUGGCAUAUAAACUCUUUGCACGAUUUCAAUUAUUGUUUUUCUUCUCAUUUCCCUUCCAGCCUUCGGUUUCUGCUUUGUUCAAUUGUUUUUGAUAGAUACAGUGUCUGACAGAUGGACAUUGCUGCACUUUUAACUUCAGCUGGGAUCAAUAUAGGUCUAUGUAUAGUGCUUUUAUCUCUCUAUUCAAUAUUAAGAAAACAACCAAGCAACAGGGUUGUCUAUUUCGGGCGGAGGCUUGCUUCGGUUCGCAUAAGAAACACUGAUUUUUUCUCUAUCGAGAGAUUUGUGCCUUCUCCUAGUUGGAUUGUUAAAGCUUGGGAAACAACUGAAGAAGAAAUUUUAGCUAUUGGUGGUCUUGAUGCAUUGGCUUUUCAACGCAUGCUCAUUUUCAGUAUCCGUGUGUUUUCAAUUGCUGCGGUGAUUUGCCUUCUUCUAGUACUUCCGAUGAAUUAUUAUGGCAAAGAGAUGCAGCACAAAUGGAUACCAUCUGAAUCACUUGAUGUUUUUACAAUAGGGAAUGUCAAAGAAGGUUCCAGAUGGCUUUGGGCCCAUUGUCUUGCUUUGUAUAUUAUAUCCUGCGCGGCCUGUGUUCUCCUUUACUUUGAGUAUAAAAGCAUUACUGAAAUGAGGCUGGCACAUAUAACUAAAUCUUCUUUGAAUGCAAGUCAUUUUACAAUUCUUGUUCGUUCAGUUCCAUGGUCUCCCGGGGAAUCAUACAGUGAGACAGUCAAAAAGUUCUUUGCAAAUUAUUAUGCAUCAAGCUACUUGUCACACCAGAUGGUGUAUAAACGUGGCCUUAUUCAGAAAUUGAUGGUGGAUGCAGAGAAGAUGUGCAGCAUGAUUAUCCCUGUUCCUAUUGAUCGUCCGAGUCUAAGGCCAUGUUGUCUUUGUGGAAAAAGUACUACUUCCUUUAAGAUCCUUGCAAGUGAAGCAGAGAGUGUAAAGGAUAGCAUCAGCAUUGCUGAUUUAAAUGUAGCUACGCCAGAGAAUGAGUGCGCUGCUGCUUUUGUUUUUUUCAAGACUCGAUAUUCUGCUGUGGUUGCCACACAGAUGCUUCAAUCACCAAAUCCCAUGUUAUGGGUGACAGAAUUGGCCCCUGAGCCACAUGAUGUUUUAUGGUCAAACCUCUCUAUACCAUAUAAACAGCUUUGGCUUCGUAAGAUAGCUACACUGCUGGCUGCAAUAGUCUUCAUGUUUUUGUUUCUUAUUCCUGUGACAUUUGUGCAAGGUUUGACUCAACUAGAUAAGCUAUCAAGAACCUUCCCAUUUCUGAGAGGACUUCUAAAAAAGGACUUCAUGAACCACGUGGUAACAGGAUACUUGCCAAGUGUCAUCCUCAUGUUGUUUUUGUAUACUGUUCCACCAGUGAUGAUGCUCUUUUCAUCAGUUGAGGGGCCUGUUUCUCGUAGUGGAAGGAAAAAAAGUGCAGGCCUGAAAAUCUUGUACUUCACGAUAUGGAAUGUUUUCUUUGUUAAUGUUCUCUCAGGUUCCGUUAUUAGUCAGUUGAAUGUCUUCUCUAGCGUAAGAGACAUACCUAUGGAACUUGCCAAAGCAAUACCUACUCAGGCUAGCUUCUUCAUGACUUAUGUUUUAACGUCAGGUUGGGCAGGUCUGGCCUGUGAGGUGAUGCAACUUUUCCCUCUUAGCUGCAACAUGAUCAAAAAAUUCAUUCUCAGAAACGACAAAGAUUCAUCUGAUGACCUCAUGACCUUCCCAUACCAUACGGAAGUCCCAAGAGUCCUACUGUUUGGUCUUAUUGGGUUCACCUGUUCAAUCAUGGCGCCCUUAAUAUUGCCCUUUUUGCUGGUUUAUUUUUCAUUAGCUUAUCUUGUAUACCGUAACCAGAUUCUCAAUGUAUAUAUACCAAAAUAUGAAGGUGGAGGGCAUUUUUGGCCUAUUGUUCAUAACACGACAAUCUUUUCAUUGGUUUUGACACAAAUUAUAGCUCUUGGGGUCUUUGGGAUUAAAGAAUCACCUGUUGCUUCAGGUUUCACCUUUCCGCUGGUUAUUGGCACUCUUCUUUUUAACGAGUAUUGCAGGCUGCGAUUUUCCCCAAUUUUCGACAAGGAUCCUAUAAAGAUUCUUAUAGAGAUGGAUAGAGACGACGAACAAUCUGGGAGAAUGGACCAGAUCUAUCAACAACUACAUUCAGCAUAUUGUCAGUUCCCAAUAACUGCUCAUGAAUUCUGUGGAUCUGCACAAACCCCUCAACAUAAAUGUGGCAAAGACCCAGAUGAUGUUAAGUCAGGAAAGGAAAUAAGUGAAGUAAGUGAAACAUGGGCUGUUGUCAAUUUUGAAAAAGAAUAGCCUACUGUGAAAUUUAGUUCAUGCAUUCUGUAUAUUAAUUACACGAAAUUUAGUAUAUGUAUUACACCAGCGUCAUGCUGAAAGGUACCUGAAGUGUCGUCCUGAAAGGUAGCACUGGGACGCGAUACAUGAUAGGAAAAUAUAGUGAUACGUAAAUAGGUAUAGGAUUUCCUUUUGGAUUUCUGGAGGAUGGGGGACGAUUAAGCGUUGUGUAAUUGAUACACGGUAAAAUUCACACGUCAGAGGAGAGUAGCAAUUUUGAUUUGUAUUUUAAGCUAAUAGUUUGUGAACUCAACUCUUCAAGCUUUUCAAUAAGAGAAUGCCAAUUAUCGAGCA